AUGUCAACAUUCCCAGCGACAGCUCCUUCAGGAGUCUGCGCAGUCGAGCUGAUCAUGUCGAAUAGCAAGACUACGGAUCUCGUCCCUUUCAUUGCGCGUCCAACUCCUGAUACUACCAAGGUUGUCGGUGCUAGAGCCGCUCUGGUACUUUCCACAUUCACCUAUUUGGCAUACGCGAAUGAAAAGCUGGCAGAUCCAGGUGGCCCGACUCUUGUUGACGUUGGACCUGGCUUCGACCCGACGACAGUACCAAGGACAGAGGACUUUCAUUGUUUGAUCCGUCGACCAGAUUUUGGCUUAUCGACUUAUGAUGUUCACAGGGACGGAUCUGGUGUGGUGUUAUCUUCCACCCAAAGCCGUAUCCUAAACUUUCGCACUGGAUACAGAAUGUGGGCAUUCGACCGACCUCGCGAAUUGAGCGCAGAAUCAAUGAUGACAGGAUUCUUGGAACGAGAAAAUAUACCGUAUGAUAUCCUGACUGAUCAUGAUCUUCACGAGCAAGGCCUUGAUGUACUGAAACACUACAAUACUCUCAUGACUGGCUGUCAACUGGAGUACCUUACUUUACAAUCUUACGAUGCAUAUCAAGACUAUGCAGCACAAGGUGGUAAUCUGAUGUACCUCAGUGGCAAGGGAUUUUACUGGGUAGCGGGCGUUGAUGCUAACCGACCCUAA